AUCUGACAAUUUCCGAAGAUUUCAUAUUGACCUCUCGCUUUUUCAUCAUUCCAUCUCGCUAUUUUUGAGUGGUUUUUGCCGUUCGUGCCCUGUGGUGAGCGGUUUUGUCAAUGUGUUGGUGUUGAUCGUGCCUGCUGAGCAACCCGAAUGUGGUUUUGACUAUUUUUCUUCUUUUUUCUGCAACCGAUCGGUACAUCAAUUUCAGCAAAGAAAAAAACAUAAGAAGAAGUGGUGUGUUUCGAUAUAAUUACGAAGGAGUUUUUUGUGGUGGUAGUGCUAACGAAAAUCAAAGUACACUAGAAUUUGCAGGUGAAUGUGUAACAAUAAAAAAAUUAUUGUGCAAGCAACUGCAACCCGGUACGUGAUAAAAAUGUCCAGGAUGAACGGCAAUUUCUACUCGAAAUGUCGCCAAGCAAUGCAGGAGCUUGACCGCGAAUACGAGGACGCAAAGGAACGGCACCGCCGUGCAGGAAAUAGUGGAAGGUUUAAUCUGGUGCCUUUUCCGGAUAUUGAUAUGGAACCAGAACCAUACGCAGCAGGACUACGACCAGCAUCAGCAUCGGCAUCAGCACCAGUACCAACAUCAGCACCAGGAGUCAGCAACACGGAGCUAGGACAGGAUUUUUUAAAUAUAGUUAACAUUAAUAACGGUAGUGGUGAUGGUAAUAAUUAUAAUACUAACAAUUCCGACCAGGAGGACAUUAAUUCGGAUGGGGACAGCUGUGUCGAUUUUGACGACGACAUGGUUGGUCGGGACGAUGCGUACGAUUUUAUCGAUGAAAUGGAUCUUAUAGACAAUCUGAGAUACCUUGUUGUUACGUGUCAGCUCCCCCGUUCGACGGCCAACUUGUUACUGGCGAUCCUACGGAAGAAGCUAAACUUAGAUCUUCCCAAAGAUGCGCGGACCCUAGUGAAGACACCCACUGGGAUUGGAAAGAUUGUUAAACCAAUUCCUGGUGGUGAUUAUUGGUAUGGAGGUCUUAAGUCGGUCCUGGCCCAACAUUUGCAGAACGUCAAUCCCGGAGUGACACCUUUUUCCUUGGACGUGUCAAUCGACGGGCUACCUCUUCACAGAGCUGGGCCAACCCAACUUUGGCCAAUUCUAGUGAAAGUGGUAGAGUUGCCAAAGGUGCCGGUGAUGAUGGUGGCUACGUUUAGUGGCGCAUCAAAACCGGGAAGCAUCAUACCAUAUCUGGAGCCGUUCAUAGAUGAGCUGAAUCUGAUUCAGCGGGAAGGUUUGGUUAUCGGCGAUAAAACGGUGCAUUUUAGAGUCCGCGCUUUUAUCGCUGAUUCACCAGCUCGUGCUUUUUUAAAGGGUAAGUCGUUAUAUAUAAUAUAAAAAUUAUAAAAAUAUAGCCAUAAGAGGUUCAGAGGGGUAAUCAUGGAUUUUUUGUUUUAUUUUUUCAGCAAUAACGAGCUAUACGGGUUAUCACGGUUGUUUGAAGUGUUCUGCUGUUGGCGAAUACUCUCCCAUAGGUAAAAAGAUGAUCUUUGAUACCGUGGAUGCUCCCCUACGUACGGACGCAGGGUUUCGUAAUAGAGUAUGCAGGGGCCAUCAUAAGACAUGGCGAACCCC